AUGUGGCCAUCUGUACACCAGGAAGAGGGCCUUCAACAAGAAUCUGACCAUGCUGUCCCCCUGAUGUCAGACUUCCAGCUUCCAGAACUAUUACUUGCAGCAUAUAAUAGUCUUACGGAUAAACACCUGGCUGGAUAUUUUAACAAUACAAGGAUAAGGCGGCAUCUUUUGAGAUCAGGGCUGAUCACAAGAAAUGGGAGGAUACUUUCUGAAAAGGAAUACAAACUAAAUAUCAUGAAAAGGGAUCACCAAAAAUAUAUCCGGGAGUGCUUAGCCCAGGCUAUUUUCCAUAAGGUUCUUGAUAUGGAGCGUUACCAUCAGCUUGAAAUUAAAAAGAAACUGGAGACAUUAGCUAGGAAGGAGCGAAUUCAGAGAUUUAAGGGAGAGCACACAGGAUGGACUAUAGGAAAUAAUAUGCCAAUCCUGUCUCCCCGCCCCCCAGUUGGCCCCAAGACUAACCAUGGCCAUAGUGUUCUGGUUGAUGAAGGACAUUCCAGUCCAGUAACACUGACAGCCCCUCGACCAUACACUGCCCCAGGAAAUAUGCAGCCUCCAAUUCGAUUACAACCUCUUCCCAGUAAUCCUGCAGCAGGAACUGCUCCAAAGGUAACUUCGGGGUCCAGAUCAAAAACCUCACUGCUGGAAAAUGAAGCUCCAUUUCCCAUUGGGGGCAAGAAGGCAACAAUGAAGUUCAGGAACUCCAUGGACAAUUCACAGGGAAUGAAUCGAUAUCGAUUUCCAAAGAUUAACCGUUACGUGAUGCCUAUUCCUCCUCCACUUCCUCCCCCUAAUGGAAAAAUCACAAGGGAAAAUAGACCUGAAACAUGGAGAAGGAGAGGAGUUCGUCCAACCACUGCUCCAAAUGGCUUAGAACCUCUCUUUACCAGGGAUUCAAGAAGGAUUCACAAAACACCACUGCAUAGUAAUGCAGCUAUUACAAUGAUCUACUUGGGGAAAAAUGUGCACCUAGCUUAUGAUCACUCAGAUUUCCGGGAUGAAAUAAAAGUUUAUCAGCAGCACUGUGGUGGGGAAAACCUGUGUGUCUACGCAGGCAAACUGCUUGAAAAAGAGACCUUUCAGUUUAUUUCCAAAAGGCACCAUGGUUUCCCCUUCAGUCUCACCUUUUUCCUGAACGGGAUACAGGUGGACAGGUUAAGUUCCUGCUGUGAAUAUAAGCAUCGAAAAGGUUCCAGACUUGGAGGCAAACGAGGCUACUUUGGGUUUGUGUGUGUCGAGAGAUCAUCUCCUUGCUACAAGUGCAUUAUUGCAAUGGGCCUUGACAAAAAAACAACUUCACCAAAACCUAGGAAAGAAAAGAGUAUUGAGAGAAGAGAGGGAUUGAUGAAGGGUGAGGGGAAACCGAGGAAGAAUAGAGAGUACCUGAUACCAAGAAGGAGAGAGAUGGAGGGGAGCAAAACCUCAGCUUCAGCCAUUUUUUCAGCUCAAGAACUACAUACAGGGAUCGGCGAAGUGAGAACUGCUGUUGAAGAAAUGGAACAUAAAGAAAAGCCAGGACAAGAAGUCUGGGAAGAUGACCAAGAAAACAUCUUUAAAUAUGAAUAUGAAGAAGAUUUCGAAGCAGAUGAGGAGAAACAAGAUGAGAAAGCUAAUGAAGGACAGGCUGAUGAUCCAAUGAGUGGAAUGCCAAAGUCACCCUCAGAUGAUGAAAAAGAUCUUUUAGACCCUGAAAAGGAGAGUGAAACCUCGUUGUGGAAGGCAUCAGAUGCUGAUGACAAUGUGAAAGAUGAGGUUGAUGGAUGCUCUGAGAGUGAAUUGGAAGACGAUAAACAUGAUACAAGACCUGCUUCAUCAACCUCAUCCAAAAGUCCCCCAUAUUCUAGUUGCAGUGAAGAUGAAUCUGCACUGGGGGACAGGGAAGCCCACGCUGAAAACAGUCCAAAUGAAAGUGUCCGAAGUCCAUCUUCUCAGGAGUUGAGUGAAAAUGAUGAGCCAGGAAAAACCCACCUUCCAAUUGAGAAUCCUCUAGAAAUCGAAAUUGAAGACCAAGAAAUAAUAAAAGCAGAUGUGGAGACCAAGCCUCUGCCAAUAGAGGAAAACUUGGAGAAUGUUCUUGAAGAAGCAGAGAAAGGAACCCAAGUGAUUGCAGAGGGUUUAUCUGAGAAGUCCAGGGAACAUGUUCCCAAGGAAGACAAGGAAAAGAGUAAGAGUAACCUUUGGGAAGGAAGCGCUGCUAAGGUGAAGGACAAAAAGGCAGGUCCCCGUAGGAUGGAUAAAGGUGCACCGAAUAGGAAUUUAGUGGUGGAGGAAAGGGAAGCACUCAGCUCAAAUAAGGAAUCCAAGCAAGUUGCAUCAGAAGAGCAUACACUGGAGAAGAAAGAAGCAGUGGAGGAAGAUGAAGGUCCCCAACACAGGGAUGCUGACACAGAAGAAAAAGGGGAUGCAGCACCGUGGGGAAAAGCAGGGGUUAAUGAGGCUCCCUUGGGGCAGUGGAAGCCAACAGUAGAGCAGCCUGCAUUAGUAGGACAGUUUACAGAGGAAAGAACGAUCCCUCAGGGCGUAGUAAGUGGGGCAGAGGCAGAAGCAGAAGGGGAUAGAAAGCAACAAAAGGAGGGGUUAGACCCCAGAGGACAAGAAGCAGCAAGAGAUUCUGGAGGUCUGAAUGAAGGCGAGGCUUCUGAGGAGCAGGCCUUGAAGCAAACGGUGCUGGAGAUGGAGACGGCAGCUUCUGACGGGGAGCAGGGUGAGGAGAAGGUGGUGUUUACAAGCCAGGCAGCAGCCCUGAGGUCACAGAGUGCUCAGGAGGCAGCAGCCCUGAGAGAGGCGGCAAGGCCGGAGAAGGGAGAGUCUGAGGGAGUGGCUGAGAGCGAGGCCGGGUCUGCAAAGCCAGGUGUGGAGGACAGUGAGGGGGAAGCAUCCACAGACCUAGAGGACGUGGAACCCGGAGAAGCUACACCCGAGAGAGAGGAGGGUGUAGAUGAGGCCAUCCUGCGGGGAGAGGCGCCAGCCAAGGAGAGGGGGGCAGUUCUGGGAAGGGAAACACCCUUGAGCUCCUGGACUUCUGUGAAGGCCCAGGCAACUCGGACGGGGGUUUUGGAGGACAGCCUGGAAGAACUUCGUAAGGACCCUGUGGAAAGGGAAGAGGUUGAGAUAGAGUCAGAGUCUAAGAAGGAAGAUGAGAGGAAAGAAAUGUCACCUGAGGAGUCAGGUGCAGCGCGCGAGACAAGGAAAGCUGAGAGGCCAAAGACACCUCUGGGGGAAACCGAAUCUGAGAGGGAAGCGGUGGCAAGGACAAAGGCGCUUCAGGAUGAAGACACUUUAGAAGAAGAGCAAAAGUUGAAACAGGAGGAGGGGGAACCCAUGAAGGAAGUAAGACCCGAGGAAGAGACACAAGCCCCCCAAAAUGUCAUGGGGCAUGGUGCUGAGGAUGAAGCAGCCGUGCGGGCAUGUGAACUGACUGAAGACGCAGGGCCACAAGGAGAGGAUUCACUGACCAUGUCUGAAGCAUCCCCUGGAUUUGAAAAGUCCCUGGAGAAAACGGUUUGGGGGAAAGAAGGAAGAGAAAGACCGAGAGAAGCUGGAGACACAGGGCGCAGAGGCAGAGCAGGGCUGUGCCUCCGGGAGAACGUGGCCCCUGCAGAGAAGGACGAGGGCGUGAGCCCUGCAGGAGGGGGGAUGUCAGGAGCCCCCGAAAGCGAGCCCUCGGUGGGGGCACAGACACCCGGGGCUGCCGGCGAGGCCCGCGAGUGUGCAGCCAAACAUCAAGACAGCCUGAUGGGCUGGGAGGGGAGGGAUAAAGAAGGGCCUUUACAGGGGCCACAGGGAGCGGCUGUGCCAGCCAGGAUCCAAGAAGAUGUUCCCGAGGGAGACGCCACCAUGGCAGGAAAGUUGAGUGGAGAAGUGUUGGGUGAGGACCCAGAGGAGGCGGCGGAUGAAGAGCGCACUCUGGGGGUAGGGCUGAUGAAGAACGGGGACACCAAGGGGGACAGGGGCUCGCGGGGCGUGGUUGUAGCUGGGGAAGGUCGCCACCAAGGAGGAGGAGGGACAGGGCCAGCCGCAGAGCGGGAGGCGUUGGCAGGUUCGAAGACAGCUGGAGGGCAAACAGAAGCGCAUGAAGCCUCCUUCUCAGAUGCGGCUGGGGAGGAAAGCUGGCACAGAGUGGAUGAGACACUCGGAGAAACGGCAGCUGCACACAAGGUGGCUGUAGGGGAAACAGCGCUGAGCGGGGAGGAGGCGACAGUGACUUGGGAGACGGAGGCUGAGGUCGAGGCUCCAGGACAACCUUCUGACCUGGAAGGGAGGGCCCCACCGCCAGGGCCGGCUCGCGAGGGAGGGGAAGCUAAAUCCACACAGGAGGCGGAGUGUGAGGAGUCCGGGGCAGCUGAAGAAUUCAGACCGGAAUUAUCCCAAGAGAGAGGGUCAGAGCCCAGGAGAGAGAGUGCACGGGACGCAGGAACACUCCCUGGAAAGCCCGAUUGCACUGGGGCCCAAGAGAAGCGAGAGCAUGCAGUGCACAGAGGAAGUGAAGACCCAGAUGUUCCGCUGAACCCCAGGAAGGCCUAA